GGGAAAGCACCUUCGACAAACUUGUCUGGAGAAAGCCAGUCUGAAUCUCAAGCUGCCCCCAGCCGUCGUGUCAGAGGCCUCAUAUCUCCCACAAACAGGACUAUAUUGAGAUAGAAUGAAAAAUCUUACAAAAACUGAAAGUGAAAUGCGGAAGACAGAUUGAGCAAUCAAUGGAAGGCCAGAGCCAGAGAACCUACUUCAGGGUAGCAAAAGAUGCAGAAGAGAGAAAGUCAGGAGAGUGCCAUGCUCUGAGGGCAGCCUCCUGAGACACAGAUGACAGGAAAUGACCUACCCCCAUGGUCACUUACUCCAAAGGCCCAGACCUUCAAAGUGCUCCUCUUGGAAUGGAUAAGUCUGCAAAGAACCUGCCACCACCGCGCCUCUGUUUUUGCCCUGAGAAAGGAGAAGAUAUGAAAGUGAGAUAUGUUCCCAUCACUCCGCAGAAGGAGGGUGCCUGGGUUGGGAUCUGCAGGGACAGACGGCUGCUGGCUGCUACCCUCCUGCUGGCUCUGUUGUCCAGCAGUUUCACAGCGAUGUCCUUGUACCAGUUGGCUGCCCUGCAAGCAGACCUGACGAGCCUGCGCAUGGAGCUGCAGAGCUACCGAAGUUCAGCGACACCCGCCGCCCCGGGGGCUCCAGGGUUGUCCGCGGGAGUCAAAGUGAGUUCACUCCCCCGCUCUGCCUGUGCAGGAGCACCAGGUAUGACACUCUGCUGCUGUCCAGUAACUGCUUGUCUCUAUUCCCAGCUCCCAACACCCGCAGCUCCUGGACCCCACAACUCCAGCCGAGGCCACAGGAACAGACGCGCUUUCCAGGGACCGGAGGAAACAGAACAAGAUGUAGACCUCUCAGCUACUCCAGUGCCAUCCCUGCCUGGAAACUGCCAUGCUUCUCACCAUGAUGAGAAUGGACUGAACCUCAGAACCAUCAUUCAAGACUGUCUGCAGCUGAUUGCAGACAGCAACACGCCGACUAUACGAAAAGGAACUUACACAUUUGUUCCAUGGCUUCUCAGCUUUAAAAGAGGAAACGCCUUGGAGGAGAAAGAGAACAAAAUAGUGGUGAGGCAAACAGGCUAUUUCUUCAUCUACAGCCAGGUUCUGUACACGGACCCCAUCUUUGCCAUGGGCCAUGUCAUCCAGAGGAAGAAAAUACACGUGUUUGGGGACGAGCUGAGCCUGGUGACUCUGUUCCGAUGCAUCCAGAAUAUGCCGAAAACACUGCCCAACAAUUCCUGCUACUCCGCUGGCAUCGCGAAGCUGGAAGAAGGGGACGAGAUUCAGCUUGCAAUACCUCGGGAGAAUGCCCAGAUUUCACGGAACGGAGACGACACCUUCUUUGGUGCCCUAAAACUGCUGUGACCCACUUGCUGGAGUGUGUGACCCCUUCCCUCCUCUUCUCUGUACCUCCGAGGGAGAAAAGAAACGGACCACUGGAGAUAACAAAAGAGGGGGAAGUCGUCACCGGAAGUUUUCCCGUGAGUUGUUGAAUCUGGUCCAAAGCAGGAAAUAUAACAGGCAGCCACAUCCAAAGUGGGUCAUGUGAGUUAUGAGAAAUGGAGCCACAUCCAGAAUGAUAGGACUAGGAAGGCUGUUUACUCCUGUCCUAUGCCAACACGCACCGCCGCACCCUUGCUUUUCGCCUCGGGAGGCACACGUUCCGAAUGCGGGGACAUUUCCUUGUUUUGUGAUUCACCGUGAGAAGAGGGCCCACCUUUCCAGGUCACUGAAGCAUUCACGCAAAGUCUCAGGAUUUACCCUCCCUCCUCAUGCUAAGUACGCGCGCCUCUUUCCCAGGUAACACUUUGGAAAGGUUUUGUGUUGGGUUGUUUGUUUUUAAAUCUAGGAGUCUCGAGAACUGGCUAUAGACAAGAAUACUUAACAAAUUCAAGUGUAAAAUAAACUUAAUUAAAACCG